AUGCUGGGUGGGAUUCUUGGGAGCUUUCCAUCCCUCACUGGCAUCACAUCGCAUCCCCUUUUGCAGGAUGAACAGGCAUUCCGGAGAGCCGUCUGGGAGAAGAACUUGCAGAAGAUCAAACUUCAUAACUUUGAGGCUUCCUUGGGCAAACACAGCUAUUGGCUGGCAAUGAACCACCUGGGCGAUUUGACUGAUGAGGAGUUUAACCUGAUGCUGAAUGGCUUCCAUCCUGACCCAGUGGAGCCCCAUGGUGGGAACCUGGCCUUGUUCCAAGAAUCGGCCUCUCUGAAGACCCCCAAAGAAAUAGACUGGCGCACAAAAGGUCACGUCACUCCAGUGAAAAAUCAGGGCCACUGCGGGGCAUGUUGGGCCUUCAGCGCCACCGGAGCUCUGGAAGCUUUGCUGUUCAAUAAGACAAGCCGGCUGGUCUCACUCAGCGAACAGAACCUCAUUGACUGCUCCGGGAAGCUGGGGAACCACGGCUGCCAUGGGGGGUACAUCACGCGGGCCUUUGAGUACGUGCGGGAUAACAGGGGCAUAAACUCAGAGGACGCCUACCCUUAUUUGGAGAAGGAGGGAUUCAGUUGUCAUUACAACCCCCAAGAACGAGCUGCUAACUGCACUUCCCUGGUGGCAGUUCAACGGGGGAGCGAAGCAGCCCUGGAGCAAGCGGUGGCCACAGUCGGCCCAGUUUCGGUUGCUGUGGAUGCCCAUAACUUCCCUUUCCAUUUCUACAAGUCUGGGAUAUUUUCCAGCAUCUUCUGCAGCGAUGUUGUGAACCACGCCAUGUUGGCAGUUGGGUACGGUAUCUCCCAGGAGGACGGGAAGGAGUACUGGAUCCUGAAGAACAGUUGGUCAGAAAAUUGGGGCGAGCAGGGCUACAUGCGGUUGGUGCAGGGAGCUGGCAAUCACUGUGGUGUAGACAACCAAGCAAGCUAUCCUACCAUGUAA